GUAAAUAUAAGCAGUAAUAAUGCGUCUAUUAAAAGAAGCUACAUCAAAGAGCCGAUAUUAUUCAAGUUUAGCAGUGUGUCAUCGGCCUACGAUCCAACAUGCUUCACCCACAAACGAUAACCAGCAUUUUUAUAUGAACAAGAUACUAGACAAUUAUCUUGGACGAAGCCCAACGCCUUUAACCCUACGGCAGCUCAUAUUUUAUGAAAGGCAUUGUAAUACUGAAAGAUUACUCAAAUCGGCCAACUAUGUGCGUCAAGAGCUUCCAAUUCGAAUCGCUCAUCGUAUACGAGAAUUUCAAAAGUUGCCAUAUAUCAUGGGUACAAACCCUCAUAUCCAAUGUGUCUAUGACCUCUAUUGGCAAGCAUUUGAUAGGAUACGUAAAAUACCCGAAAUUCAGAGCCGAGAAGAGAAUGAUGCGUUCUGUCAAGUGCUUCAAAGUUCGCUUGAUGCUCAUCAGGUCGUCAUCCCAGAAUUAGCCAAGGGUCUUCAUGAAUGUGAGGAAAAUUAUCAAUCUGUCAUGCCCAUGGAUAGGCUAGAUCGAUUUAUGGAUGCUACCCUUAGAUCACGCAUUUCAAGGCGCGUGAUUACAGAACAUCAUUUGGUAUUAUCGGGAAAGAAAAAAUCCAUCUUUAACCGAUGCUCGUCCUACGAUACCCUCUCCAAAUGUGUCCAGCUAGUGCAAGAUCAUGCGGUAAAAGUGAGGCUCGUGAACAACAAACAAGAUCUGCCUGAGGUAGUGUUUAAUGGCCAAGAUACCGAAUUUACAUAUGUGUCGGAUCAUAUCGAAUAUAUACUUUAUCAGCUAUUGUCAAAUGCUAUGCGACAUACCAUUUUGAACCAAAAGAAGACGAUUAGAGUGACAUAUUGCUCAAAUGAGACUGAUAUUCUCUUUCGUAUAUCAGAUGAGGGAGGAGGAUUGGCCAAAAAUAGAUUUGCCAAUAUAUGGUCUUAUGGAAACCAUAAGAAUAUGGAGCAAGUAGAGCAACUAGAAGCAAAAUUGACUGAACAAGAGAAAAAUCUUACUAUUCGGUUGGGCAUCGGUCUACCUAUGAGUAAGGUGUAUGCUGAAUAUUGGGGUGGAAGUCUACAAUUGGUCACAAUGGAGGGUUAUGGUACUGACGCUUAUGUGAAGAUCCCAAGGCUAGGUACUCAAAAUGAAAAUCUUCAUAAUAACGAUUCACCCCUGGAUGGUGCCAUUAUGUAGAUCUAUAUGAAUAAACGACCCUUUCUUUUUUUUGUACAUAUAUGCAUAUAUUUCUAUAAUAAACACACUCACUCUACUUAAAGUCGCACUCAUUUAAAAAUUAAUGGCAUGUUUGAAUUGGAAAGUGCAUCUAUACUAUACAAAAAAGAAUAUCUCCCUUUCACUGCCACCCUGACCAA